CUCGUGACUUGAAACUUGGAAAGUUUGGCUCUCUCUUUCCUUCUACACCGUCUCUCUCUCUAAAGUAAACCUUCUCGCUUUGGAAGAAUUGAGCAAACGACUAUUGUUGGAUAGCAAGGGAGAGAAAUUACCAAAAGAGGAGAAACAAUCAGCCGUCGGAUCUAGGGUUUUUACUUGGCCGAGAUGCCGAAGAACAAGGGGAAGGGAGGCAAGAAUCGGAAGAGAGGGAAGAACGAGGCCGACGACGAGAAGAGGGAAUUGGUUUUCAAGGAAGAUGGGCAGGAAUACGCGCAGGUCAUGCGCAUGCUUGGAAACGGCCGCUGCGAGGCCACCUGCAUCGACGGCGUCAAGCGCCUCUGUCACAUCCGGGGGAAGAUGCACAAGAAGGUUUGGAUCGCCGCCGGCGAUAUUAUCCUCGUCGGUCUCCGCGAUUAUCAGGAUGACAAGGCUGAUGUGAUCCUCAAGUACAUGCCAGAUGAAGCUAGGUUGCUGAAGGCCUAUGGCGAACUGCCCGAGAACACGAGGCUCAAUGAGGGUAUUGCUGGAGGACUUGAUGAGGAGGACGAUGGCCCUGGUGAUGAUUACAUUGAAUUCGAGGACGAAGACAUAGACAAACUCUAAAGAGCUUCUGAGAAUUGUAAUCCUAUCUAUUUUAUUUUUGUUUCUAAGGUAUAGCAUUUUGCUUUAUACAAUAGUAAGUACUAAGUUAGAGGAUUGUUAUCUACUAUGUAGUUUGAUGAGAAUUUGUGUGGAUUUCUCUGUA